AAACCUCGCUGGCUCCCAGAAAUCAGGCUCAGCGCUUUGCCGUGCACCGUAAUGCUGGGAAACCUGCACCGAGCCCCGAUGGUGUGAGCGCGGGAGCGAGGGAAGCCCAGCAGAUUCAGUGGCAAUCUGGGAUGCACCUCCCCGCUCUCCCUGACAGCUGCAAAAGGGAGCACAGGUUUUGUAGCGAGCGAGGCAACUUGGACUGACAUGCAAAGGCGAACCCCCCCGUACCCGCACACACCGUCGGUGAAUCACCGGGAGAUGUGAUGAGCUCCCUUUAGGAACCGGAAGGAUUCGUGUUGGGGAAUCAGUGGAGCCCCCCCUCCCCAUCCCCCAGCCCGACCCUCCAAAAAAAAGUCAGGAAAGCCGCCAGAAAGGGUUCUCGGCCUUUUUGGAUCUACACAGUGGAAGUUGCAUCUUGUGUAUGGCGUGGUUAAGCUUGCAGCCUGUCACCUCGGCCUUCCUCCAUUUUGGGCUGGUUACUUUUGUGCUGUUUUUGCAUGGUUUGCAGGUGGAUGCCGGCCUGACGGGAGACUCUACCAGUACAGUACAAAACAGCUCGUGUUCAGGAUCUUUUGACUGCAAGGAGGGUGUUAUCCUGCCAAUAUGGUACCCAGAAAACCCAUCCCUUGGGGACAAAAUUGCCCGUGUUAUCGUAUACUUUGUAGCGCUGAUCUACAUGUUCCUUGGAGUCUCCAUCAUUGCAGAUCGUUUCAUGGCAUCUAUAGAGGUCAUUACAUCACAGGAGAAAGAAAUAACAAUUAAGAAACCCAAUGGAGAGACCACAACGACCACCAUUCGAAUUUGGAAUGAAACUGUUUCCAACUUGACCCUCAUGGCUCUGGGCUCCUCUGCUCCUGAGAUCCUCUUGUCUCUGAUAGAAGUGUGUGGGCAUGGAUUCAUAGCUGGAGACCUGGGGCCAUCUACAAUUGUUGGCAGCGCUGCUUUCAAUAUGUUUAUCAUCAUUGCCAUCUGUGUCUAUGUGAUCCCUGAUGGGGAAACCAGGAAGAUAAAACACCUGAGGGUUUUCUUUGUCACAGCUGCAUGGAGCAUCUUUGCUUACAUCUGGUUGUACAUGAUCCUUGCUGUCUUCUCUCCAGGUGUGGUUCAGGUUUGGGAAGGCCUGCUCACACUGUUUUUCUUUCCACUUUGUGUUGUUCUGGCUUGGAUAGCAGAUAGACGUCUGCUUUUCUACAAGUAUAUGCACAAAAAGUACCGUACUGAUAAGCACAGGGGCAUUAUCAUAGAAUCAGAAGGUGAUCACCCUAAGGGAAUUGAGAUGGAUGGCAAGAUGAUGAACUCUCACUUUCUAGAUGGGAACUUGGUGACUGUGGAGGGGAAGGAGGUAGAUGAAUCUCGCAAAGAGAUGAUCCGGAUCCUAAAGGACCUGAAGCAAAAGCACCCAGAAAAGGACUUGGACCAGCUGGUGGAGAUGGCCAACUACUAUGCCUUGUCUCACCAGCAGAAGAGCAGAGCCUUUUAUCGCAUUCAAGCAACCAGAAUGAUGACAGGAGCUGGCAAUAUUCUGAAAAAGCAUGCAGCUGAGCAAGCCAAGAGAACAACUAGCUUGCAUGAGGUACGGCCAGAAGAACCCGAGGAAUUCAUCUCCAAAAUUUAUUUUGACCCAUGUUCCUACCAGUGUCUUGAGAACUGUGGUGCUGUUCUCCUCACAGUGGUGCGGAAAGGAGGGGACAUGUCCAAGACCAUCUAUGUGGACUAUAAAACAGAGGAUGGCUCUGCCAAUGCUGGUGCUGACUAUGAGUUCACAGAGGGGACUAUUGUCUUGAAAUCUGGGGAGACCCAGAAGGAGUUCUCUGUGGGAAUUAUUGAUGAUGACAUCUUUGAGGAAGAUGAGCAUUUCUUUGUGCGGCUCAGUAAUCUCCGUGUGGUGGAGAGUGAGGAACCUCCAGAGCUCAGUAACUCCCCAUACCCAAAGGCCAUGUUGGCUUCUCCUUGUGUGGCCACAGUGACUAUCCUGGAUGAUGACCACGCUGGCAUCUUCACAUUUGAGUGUGACAUUAUACAUGUCAGUGAGAGCAUUGGUGUGAUGGAAGUCAAAGUCCUAAGGACAUCAGGUGCACGGGGUACAGUCAUAGUGCCAUUUAGGACAGUAGAAGGGACAGCAAAAGGAGGUGGUGAAGACUUUGAAGACACUUAUGGGGAGUUGGAGUUCAAGAAUGAUGAAACUGUGAAGACCAUAAGUGUUAAGAUAGUAGAUGAGGAGGAAUACGAAAGGCAGGAGAAUUUCUUCAUUGCCCUUGGUGAACCGCAAUGGAUGGAACGAGGAAUAUCAGCCCUACUGCUCACACAAGAGGUGGCUGAGAGGAAGAUGACAGUAGAAGAGGAGGAAGCCAAGAGAAUUGCAGAGAUGGGCAAACCAAUACUCGGCGAGCACCCCAAACUGGAAGUCAUCAUUGAGGAGUCCUAUGAGUUCAAGAGCACCGUGGACAAGCUGAUUAGGAAGACAAACCUGGCUUUGGUGGUAGGGACACAUUCCUGGAGGGACCAGUUCAUGGAGGCCAUUACUGUGAGCGCAGCAGGUGAUGAGGACGAGGACGAGUCUGGUGAGGAGCGCCUGCCAUCCUGCUUUGACUACGUGAUGCACUUCCUGACGGUCUUCUGGAAGGUGCUGUUUGCCUGUGUGCCCCCCACUGAGUACUGCAAUGGCUGGGCCUGCUUCAUCGUCUCCAUCCUCAUCAUUGGCAUGCUCACAGCCGUCAUCGGCGACCUCGCCUCCCACUUUGGCUGCACCAUUGGCCUCAAGGACUCGGUGACUGCCGUCGUCUUCGUCGCCUUCGGCACCUCUGUACCAGACACUUUUGCCAGCAAAGCCGCAGCCGUCCAGGACAUGUACGCUGAUGCCUCCAUCACCAACGUCACGGGCAGCAACGCUGUCAAUGUCUUUCUGGGCAUCGGGCUGGCGUGGUCAGUGGCAGCGAUCUACUGGGCGUCGCAGGGGCAGGAGUUCCAGGUGUCAGCAGGCACCCUGGCAUUCUCCGUCACCCUCUUCACCAUCUUCGCCUUCAUCUGCAUCAGCGUCCUCCUCUACCGCCGGCGGCCCCACCUUGGGGGGGAGCUGGGCGGCCCCCGGGGGUGCAAAGUGGCCACGACAUUGCUCUUCGUCAGCCUCUGGCUGCUCUACAUCCUCUUCGCCACCCUGGAGGCCUAUUGCUACAUCAAGGGGUUUUAGGCGGCGGUGGAGGGACGGUGCUGCCGGGGGAGGGACCUCUCCUCCGUUACCUCACCACACACCAGUCCUGGAAGCGCAGUUUCACUGGAGGGACGGAUGGCUGUCUGUCAGGGGCUGCUGCUGCUCAGACAGUCGGACAGCUGCGUGCCAAGAACGGCAAAACCAUCGCAGAGUGAAAAAAACAAAGAGACAAAACCCAUCCAAAAAUGGUACAAAAGAAAGCAACAAUGGCAAGUGUUGAAAUAAAACACAAUAAACCCAGGCACUGACCCUAUUCAAUGAAAUUAUGAAGUUUCAACCAUCUCCAAAGGCCACCUCUCCCACAGGGGGUCAUCUCCUUUCCUGCC